CUAAACCUUCACAAACAGCACAAGUCAUUGGUAUCCUCAAGUAUUUAAUUGCAUAUACUUCUUAUAUUUGAGAUUCUUUUUUCUCUGUUCUUCUUGUCUCAAACAAUCACAAAUAUGGGUUUCCGUUUACAAGCUAUUCUAAGGGCAUCAGUAACUGCUAGACAAGCAGCAUCAAAAUCUGUAGAAGUGAAAAAGGGCUAUGUUGCGGUGUAUGUUGGAGAGAAACAAAAGCGGUUUGUAGUGCCUGUAUCAUACUUGAACCAACCUUCAUUUCAAGACUUGUUGAGUCAAGCUGAGGAAGAGUUUGGAUAUGAUCAUCCAACGGGUGGCCUCACCAUUCCUUGCACCGAAGAUGUCUUCGAUCAUGUAACUUCUUGCUUGAAAGGACUAUGAAUCUUACACUGUAGCAGACUGACAUAGACUAGAUUAGUUGACACAUUUUUUGUUUAUAUUAGGCAUCUUUUUGACAUGUAAUUAAUUAUUACCCUUUUCAUGGGAAAUGGAGAAAUAUUGCUAUCAGAUUAACAAAUUCAAAAAA